AGACUUUGACAGUGAAGAUGAGCGGAAGAGGCAAAGGAGGCAAAGGACUCGGUAAAGGAGGCGCUAAGCGUCACCGUAAAGUCCUCCGUGAUAACAUCCAGGGAAUCACCAAGCCCGCUAUCCGCCGUCUGGCUCGCCGCGGUGGAGUGAAGCGUAUCUCCGGUCUGAUCUACGAGGAGACCCGCGGAGUGCUGAAGGUGUUCCUGGAGAACGUGAUCCGUGAUGCCGUCACCUACACCGAGCACGCCAAGAGGAAGACGGUGACCGCCAUGGAUGUGGUGUAUGCUCUGAAGAGACAGGGACGCACCCUCUACGGAUUCGGGGGUUAAACUCUGACUGGCAACCAAAACCAAAGGUCCUUUUAAGGGCCACACACUAUUUAAAGCGCUGACUUCCUACAUAGUUUUAUCUAUUCAAUUGUGAAAAUCCUUUAAAGUUUUGAUUUCAUUUCCGUGACUUCAGAAAAUGAAUAUUGUUAUACCGAUCUAACAAUAAAUAAUAUAGUUAAUUUACA